ACCGAUAACAAAAAGAUGACUCCUUUAGUAAAUAUUCCUAAAACGAAUUCGAGACGAAUUAACAACAAGCGAACGAGAUUAUCUUAUCAGAGAUCAGUGAAACGAGCCCAAUAUAUAGCAAGCCUGCACAGCCUGUUGACUUAUUCCAAAAUGGCUCCUCCACCACCACCUCACGACCCACACGGCCCACCACACGGCGGCCCUCACGGCGGACCACAUGGCGGACCACAUGGCGGUCCCCCUGGUGGGCCCCAUGGAGGCCCACCUGGCCCACACGGACCACCAGGACAUGGUGGACCACACCAUCCACCUCCUCCAUGAAGAGAUUAAAGAAACAGCAUGACUUUCAUAUAUCAAGAAAUUAACAUUUUUUCUACACUUUUUCUCCUCAUUCAUCAAUUAGAAAUAAACAUUUUUGAUUACUUCUGUAA